GUUUACAAAGGAAUGACGUCACAUCGCGCAUGCGUAUUCCUUCUUAGUUUGGCUUGAUAACUUUUCUGGACGACCUACACGAAAGUGCAGUCUAAAAAUGUACAAAAUACUUACCAUUUUGGGAGUUGCUCUGGCAGCAUUUUUAUUUUUUGAAUUUGGAAAUGCCAUCCAGUGCUACCAGUGUAAUUCCUAUUUCCAGCAGGACUGUGCUGAUUACUUUAACAACCACUCACAUGCCCUUGUAGACUGUGGAGAUAAUGUCACUAUGUGUAGGAAAAUUGUCCAGGAAGUUUACUACAACGACGAGUGGAAUGUGCGCUACAUCCGUCAGUGCGCCCCAAGUGGAGAGAUCGGAGAUGACGAAGGUCGUGUUUGCAAGGAGAGAACUGGAACAUACCGUGUUAAGAUGCGAUACUGUCAUUGUGGAAACCAGAAGGGUUGCAACAGUGCCACCAGCAUACAGUUGUCUCUUGUCAUGAUGCUUCUCCCAGUUGUAGCUGCCAUUAAAUCUCAAUUUUCACAUCUCUUAUGAAAACUGUGUUAAGUUUUAGGUGUUUUUUAAAGUUAAAAAAAAUUCCAUUUUAAAAAUGAACCAAAAAAUAUGGUAUAUCUACAAAUUUUUUUAGGGUCUAUGCAAAAUUUUGAUUAGCAAUUCAGUUUUGAAAAAUGGAAAGAAAAGAACAUUUGAAAUCACUAGUGUGCAUAUGUAUUUAAAACAAAAAAUUCUGGAUUUUUAAUAUUUCCAAUUUAUUCUGGAAGAAUCUCAUUUGAUCAUCAUUAUCAUAUUAUCAUUUCUUUUUGCUGAAAUAUUCAUAAACAAAAGCUUAAAAUAAAAUUAACACAAUAAUAUGAAUAUUCACAGUACUUAGCAAAAGUAACAAAGUUGAAAUUAUGAAUUUUAAUGUAUUGUGUAAUGAUGAUAUCCAAAAUGAAACUUCUGUAAUUGAUUUUCAUAUCCAUAUGAUAUUUGCAACUACACCAAUGCUUGUAUUUUCAUGUUAGAUUUUAGAUUUCACAAUUUUUAACAUUUGAUAAAAUUUGUGCAAUGUUUUCCUCCCCUGUUUUUUUUUUUUUUUAGUAGGAUUUGUUUUGAAGCAUGGUCAGCAUGCUGCUUGAUGUAGAUACAAUAGUAUGUUCCUGUAACUCAUGUUGAUAGCUACAUGUACAAAAGUGGCACUUAAAACAUGUACAUGAUGUAAAUACUCCCUCUAUCUAUCAUUUAAACAUCUGAUGUGUACAGAGGCAAUAUUACCAGGUCGAGAGUGUUAAUGGUACAUUAAGCUAUGAACAUGAAUUAUUCCACUAGAAAUAUCAUCCUGAAUAAAUUUUCUUUUAUAGAUGUGUUGAAUUUAAGAUGUACAUGUUAACGCUUUGAAGUGGAUGGUGCACAAAGGAGUUAAUAAUGCUCUUUGACAGUCAGAAAAAUGCAUUUUUUUAAAUUGACAAUUUGCAAAGCACAGUACACAGUCUAUAAACGAGAGUAGAUGUGAAGUGUGAAAGAAUAGAUUCUUUAUGUCAUACCUGGGUCAUAUUAUACAUAUGAUUUACAUAUUCGUUGCAAAAAAUUUAUUUUUCGAUUAUUUUCAAUGAACUCUUUAUUUUUCCAAUUGCUUGAUAUAAUCUUCAUUAUCAGUUAUACAAAAUUUUUGAUAUUGUAAAUUUUCCUAAGUUAUCAUUCCAUUUUUAUUUUGAAGGUUGUGUAUAACAGUGUUGUGAUAAGCAUCUAUUGGCUUACAUAACCAUUCCCGACAGAUUGUUUAUUUUUCAUUUUGUAUGAUUGCAGAACUUAAAUGCACUAAUUAUCAAGAUUUAUUUGUUCAAUGGCAGGUAUUGAUAUUUUGUUAAACACGAAUUCAAGGACUUGUACAUUUAGUCAGAUUUCUUAAUAAAUUUUUAAUUUUU